GACUCAAGGUCUUCACAACCUGCAGGCGCAAGUCUUUGCUUUAAAGCAUCGGCAGAAACCUUUCGCCGUUAACCGUGACGAAAAGGGAGGCACAAGGCGUUUUUUGUACACGGCGACGCAAGAUUAGUCUUCAGGUCGCAUUCAUCGCCAUGCAGUCUGCAGAUCCAGCAACGCUGUUCCAGACCGACGCAUCGCUGGCGACAGGUCUCAAGCGCGCGCUCAAGUGGAAGCAUACGUCCAGCGGCGCGCAGUGGGGCUCGCCGAUUUGGCUCAGCACCGUUUCUUCUGCUACUGCUGUGGUCGUUGCUGUCGGCGAUGCGGACGGUGCGAAUAAGAGCAGAAGAGGUGCUGACGCUGACGGUGGCGGGGAAGUACAAGCUGCGGCGGACGCCGCAGGUGCAAAUGAAGUUUCGAGUGCGAGUACGAGUACGAGUUCGAGCACGAACGGGCUUCAAACGCACAUAGUCACAGACCGACUGGGCAAGCUACAAGUGGACGAAGAUGUGCGCGACCGCGCAGCGCGCGGCGUUGGAACAGAUGGUGGCAAGUGCAAGGUGCUAAGUAUGGAGAUUCUUCAAGAGGAACAAGGCUCUGAUAGUGCCGAUGGCAUCGCGUUCGUUGCCGAGGGAGGCGGGAGCGUGCGAGCUGUGCAUCUCGAGACUGCACGCUCUCUAGCGACAUUUCGCGCGGGUACAGGCGCUUGUUUCUGCCUGGGGCGCACUCCGCUUCGUCGACGUCUGUUCGUCGCGUGCGGAUCAUGGGACAAGGCGCUGCGCAUCUACGGCUGCUCCUUUGCGACUCCCUCAUCGUCAGACACUACCUUAACUGCAGCGCCGCCGAGUGCUGCACUGAAAAUCAUACCCAACGCUGCCUCCGACUUCAUCAAGGCGCUCGCAUACGACGACGCAUCGCAGCUGCUGCUGAGCGGCGGCACGGAUCUCCACGUACGCGCAUGGGAUCUGCAGCCCCUGCUUUCCCAUCUCGACGGCCUUAGCGACGAGUCAUGGCGCGCACUCGCUAGGAAUGGAGCAGCAGUACGGGGCAGCGAAGCAACGUCUCUAUUAGCCGUUGAAGCGAUUGGGAAUAUGCGGCUGCAUACGAGGCCCAUCAACAAGAUCGUCAUUCUGCCCAGCUCGCCACUACAGAAGCACGCACCCACGCUGCCCGCGCCAUCCGAAUCGACUAUUCUCUCAGCAGACAGCAUGGGCCGCAUCCUCGAAUCGACGCUCAUCGUGCGGCGCGAGCAGGGCCAAGCGCCCCGUGCGUCGUUCCAAGUGCGCCGCGAGCUUCGCGGGCACGAGACGAGCGUCAACGACAUGCGCAUCUCAUGGCUCGCAGAAAACGUGGAUGCAGGGGACGCUGACGAUGGCGAUGAGCAUGUGCGCUGGUCUUGUUGCUUGUGGACGGCCUCAAGCGAUAAGUCGGCGAAAAGAUUCGAUCUGGACGACAAUCGCAAAGGCACGCCGCAUGGCACUAUAGCCGAUCGAUCGAGCAAAGCUGGAACUAUUUUGGGCGAUCAGCCGCCGCUUUUUGCUGCGCAGUCCAUUGAACAUACAGACUACGUGCAGAGCAUCUUGCCUCUCCCUGCUGGUCUGGCGCCUGCGACGAAGGCGCGCAGUACAGACUCACUUGUGGUCACGGGUUCGUCGGAUGAAAACGUCUACCUCUGGGAUGCCGAGCUGGCGUCACAAGUACACUUUGAUGAUAAGCGGCGUGAUCUGAAAGGCAACGCGCUUAAAGUGAAAGCGGCGAAUGGUACUGCGGAAGGGGCCAGUGACGAUGCCUCGCUGGGCCUCGUAAGGAGACAAGAAGGUCAUUGGCAUGAGGUCACUGCACUUGGAUUGUGGAGACGAAAGCGGUAUGGCGUGUUGGCAGAUGAGACGAAUGGCAGCGCGACGGACGAGUCCAAGCCGCAAGAGGCUGGAUGGUGGAUCAUCACCGCUUCAUACGACGGUAGCAUUCGGCGGUGGCCCCUCGGCGAUCUGCUCAAUCCGGCACCAGCGGACGCGCCAAGCUUGGCAGCUUUGCUCGCUACCGCCAUCACAACGCCGGCAUCGGUGGCGCCAAGCAUGCAGAAAGCUGCUGCAGGUGCCGCACAGAUGACGACGGAAGAGGAAGCGGAGCUCGCCGAGCUAAUGAGCGAUGAGGAAUAACGAAAACAUUGAUUUUCUUUUUGAUGUGAAGGAACACUGCAUCACACUGCUUCUUCGCUUCACUUCGAUUUCCAAACCACCGUCUAAUCAUGCGUAGAUCCAUAACAACGUUGCUUGUGUGUUCAUUUGAUUCAUUGAUCAGUUAUGGCGAUGAAUUCGUGAUGCUGCAGUGACCUUU